GCACAAAGAUUUUGCCAUGGCAUCAAUCGGCCAUGCGCCAAAUCUUCUAUUCCUCGUUUCAUGGGUUGGCUUGUCGAUUGUGUGACUCCCAUGUGAUUCGUCUGGUCGCAUGUCCAAUUUCAGCUGUUCAUGGAUCACAAGCACGUGUAACUUCUGAUAAGGCCAUAAUCUCUAGAAAGCAAGUUGCCGAUUUCACGGUCCGCAGUAAGGGAACCCAUACAACUGUUGUUGUGGAAUAUGCAACACUUCCUGCUGAAGUGACACACAUAAAUGAGGAGGCAAUACACCUCCGUGGAGAGUUCGAGGUCCUUGAAGCUUCUGAUAAUUGCCUGCUUACGGCACUUGAUAAAGGAAACGGUGGCCUGCGUACAUGCAUAUUGUGGAGUUCCUUUUUCGCUGUACCAAAUCAAGAAAGCAGAUGCAUUACUGCCCUUUCAUCAUGCACAAGCGAUAUGGUGAACAUGACAACACGCAGUAAUGAGUGCGAGGAAUAUGAUGCAUCAGAGAAACGUCGAGAAGAGAAAGCCAAUAAGGAAUUGUUGAAUGCGCAUGGUGGCGAUAGCCAAUCGUAGGGUUUCUUUUUCUUGUAUAGACUGGCUCGAAGCAAAAUAUUGGUGCUUUCCUUUCUACAGAUUUGUCCAAAUAAAUAUGCCAACUGCAUUACAUUGCCGAUCAGUUCCCGAAAACAGUAAUCCUUUUUUGCGCGAAAAACUUGGCUAUCCUAUUGAAAAAGCCCAU